CAGAGCGCGACAGCAGAGGAGAGAAACACCAAUACAACUUGUCAUUUGACCAAUACAGCCACUGCCGCCGCCGUCGUCGCUCUCUGUGUGUGUGUGUGUGCGUGUGUGUGUUUUUCUCUACACACUGUUUCCUUCUCGGUUGUUUUGUUUUGACGGAGGUUUUGCUUUGCAACUAUUUCUGCUCCUUCUUUUUGAUCACCGGACGAUUAACUCGGGAUAUUUUUUUUUUAACUCUUGGUAAACAUUGUCGUGUCCGUGCAGUUGUGCAGAUUUUAUUGUCUUUUUUUUUUUUUUUCGCAUUUGGACAGUAUUCUCUUACUCAGAUGGUCUGAGUGUCCCUCCCACACCGGUCCUCUGAGAAUAAACAGCUUGAUCUACUGAGCAGUUUGCAAUGGAAUAUUUCGAUGAAAAUAUUUCUGCAAAGAAAUAAAGGAGCUCUUCAUAACUACAAGUGAAAGUCAUCCAGCACACUUGUCCUAUUGGUAGGGACUCCGGUCAGUUUGCCACGCCCCUUCAAGUGCCCCCAGGUGUGUUUCUGCGACCCCGUCUGGUCCAGGAUGUCCAGGCAGCUCUCCCAGCUUCCGACCCCCGACCUCCCAGCUGGUGCAAGCCCACAGUUUGGAACUUGUACUCAGCCUGCAGGCUCCCUAACAGGGGGGCAUCUCAACUCCAUGACAGGUCUCAAGUCCCUCCUGCAGCACCCCAUAAAGGGCGACCAACGUUUAAAAACCCCAUGUGAUACAAAAGACAAAGAGAGAGAGAGGCAGGACCUUGAGGAGGACUCCAUGGGAGGGUGCCCCAUCAGGAAUGGCAGUGGAAUAGGCAACAAUAAUAGCAGUAAUGGCUGUGGAGGAGGAGGUGGCAGUGGCGGCGGAGGUGGUGGUGGUGGUGGAAAUGGAGGAGGAAGUUUCAACCAGUUCUUGGGGCCUCUCUUGUGGGAUCGCACCCUGCCUGCAGAUGGGGGGCUCUUCCAGCUUCAGUACAUGGACUUGGAGGAGUUUCUGACUGAAAAUGGAAUGGGCAACAUGCAUAACAACAACAGCUCCAGCUCAGCCCAGAUCCCCUCACAGAGCUCCCAGUCAGCCGUUCCCAACCAGAGCUCCCAGUGCCUACCCCCCUCAUCCCCACCCGGCUCUUCGUCUUCAUCACCUUCUUCCUCUUCUUCCCCAUCACUCAUUGGCUUGGAGGUGGCUCAGCCACAGAGUCUUGCGGGAGGGACUGACUGUCUGCAUGGGAGUCAGACGAGUAUGAACGACUCCUGUGAGUCGCCCUGCUCCUCCACCUCGUCCUCCUGUCCACCUCUGCUGACGCCCACAGGCAGCGGGCCAGAUGUGGUUGGGAUGUUUGAUAUGGAUCAAUCAGACACUAUGUCCAACUCCUCUGGCCAGCAGAACUUCGACCCUAUCAGGCACUCCUUCAGCGAAGAGGAGCUUAAGCCACAGCCAAUGAUCAAGAAGGCCCGCAAGAUCCUGGUGCCCGAUAACAUGAAGGAUGAGAAGUACUGGUCCAGGAGGUAUAAAAACAAUGAAGCAGCGAAGCGCUCCCGAGAUGCUCGCCGUCUUAAGGAGAACCAAAUAUCAGUGCGUGCCGCCUACCUGGAGAGAGAGAACGCCGCCCUCCGACAGGAAGUGGCCGAGAUACGGAAGGAACUGGGCCGCUGUCGCAACAUCCUUAGCAAAUACGAGAACCGCCUCGCUGACCAGUGAUGAAGGCGUGGAGCAAAUUCAGGAAGAGGAGGAAAUAAAAGCUGGAUUAAAUUGAAGACUCUGAAUAUUUUUAGGGUGGCACGAUGGACAGAAUGGGGUCAAGAAAAAUGGUGAUGAUGAUGAGGAAGCUGAUGAUUAUGAUGAUGAAUGUAUAAGACAAGGAGAGGGUUUGUGUAAUGAAGCUCAGGUGUCUCGUUUUGUUGAGGUGUCAGCUCUUAAAUGGUGAAAGACAGAGAGAAUAAUUUAACAGAUGAAAGAUGUGACUUUUAAGAGUUUUGUUAUUGGAGAAUUGUAUAUUUUUAUAAUACUUAAGAAAAAUUAGAGGGAGAGCAAAUUUGGAGAAUAAUUUUGUAUAUUUUCUACAUGGCGGGGACAUAGAGACAGGGCAAAGCUAUAGUAAAUAUGUUUUUAUUAUAGAUGAGUCAGGAGAUGUUUAACAGGUGGUCAGCCAUCGAUGGGUAUUUUUCGACUUGAUUAUUAUAGUCAGGAUGCAGCAGCAGGGGCGAGGAUGCAUGUAACAAUUGUAAUAUAGAGAGCAAAAAUGAUCUUAUAAUCGUAUAGUUCAACAUUUUUGUGGAUUUUACUCAAGCACUUAAUUUCUUUCCUGUUAUGUUUCUGUCACUGGGAAUGGGCAUGCUAGAGAGAGACAAGAGGAGACACCAUGUAAACAGUCCAGCACUAUCUUCAACACUUGUCUCGUGCGUUCUUUUUUAAUAACUUCAUCCUUUAUAAUUAACUUUGAGUCCCCCAACAAUAUUAGUUCUUUGUACUUUGAGCUUAACUUUAUGCGCUUGGUACAUCUUUCUCUAGUCCAUACUUGUAUCUUUGACUCUCUCUUUUUUCUCUAUCACAGCUGACUGCUUUUAAUCUUCUCUGGUGUUUCGUAUCUUUACUAAAGUUGGUGAAAGCCUACUGUUGUGAUGCCCCCUCCACUAACUCUGCUCCUCUUGAUCCUCUCUUUGAAUUGUUAGGACAUUUCUGUUCCUCUGUUUCUAUAUCCAACUGCUCUAUUUCUGUCCGCUCUCACUUACAGCCAAUCCCCUCGCAGUUAUGUGCAAACUCUUCCCAUAACAUUUUGUCCCUGCGUCUCUCUUGUACCUCGAUGGUGCAUAGAGUAGUUCAAAUCUCAGUGUUGUAACAUAUUCUGAAAUAGUAAUCAAUCCUCCCAAGUAAAAACGCACAUCGUUACUUUAUUGUACUUUAUGAACACACUUUAAUUAGCAUUAUUAUUGGGGGAGGGUGGUGUUGUGUAUAUUGGAUAGGCCUAUACUGUUCUGUGUAUUUGAUGUAUUCCAGGAGAUGGGUUCCCAUUGAGUGGAAUGGUGUUAAUUUCUCAGAUUUCUGGGAGAAAUAAAAGCCAAAAUUUCCUAUGUUGAUCCACAAAGCUUGUUGCUAUUUAGUGCUUUUUUCAAUAUUGCUCCUUCUUUACUGUUUACUCCUGUUAUCUAUAAAACUUCUCUGUGUACCCACAACACCUACACAGGGGCAUGGUACACUAUGUUAUGUUCCUGAGGGAGGGAUGACUAGUAAUAGAGUGUGAUUUUAAUCCCCUUAAUGACCAUAAUGAAUAGUUACCAUUACUGCUAUUAUUAUUGUUAUGAUUAUGAUGAUUAUCCCUCUUGUUGUUGCUGUUUCUAUAUUAUUGAAUGAUUUUCUUUCUUUGGAUGAACAUGAUCUGUUGCACCUUGAAACAUCUUCAGUGUUCCUCAAAGACAGUUCAAAUGGAGAAGAAAACCCUCACCGUCUGCUAUUUGCAUCCUGUCUCAGACCUCCAGACAUUACUCGGACACUACUGCCACCUUGGUUUCUUUGACCAUGGAUUUCACAAGCGUGGCUCGAUAACUUGAACUUGAUGUUCAUGCAGACUUAUUUUACCUUUCAUGAUGACCUCCCCAGCGGUGUAUGGACUAUGCACACUAUCAAUAUGCUCCUUGUUGGUUUAUUUCAGCCUUUAUCAUCUCAAUCAGUGAUUGUUUGCUCUCCCAACAGGAUUUAGGAUAUCCUCACAGAUAUGGUUGAUAAAUCUUUUAGUGACUCUAAUUGAACUACAACUGCCCUGCUGCAUCAAUUGUGUCCAUGGUGCCCAGCCUACUCAGUGCAGGUUAUUUGGAUGUAGUCGAGAUUUUUUUUUCCAAAAACACCAAUAAAAGAUUGUUCUCAUUCA